CACCACCAUGACCACAGAGAAGAGCCCAGCGGCGGACGCCGACAGCUCGGACCAGCAGCAAGCCAAGGAGGAGGAAGGAGCUGCUGAAACACAGAAGCAGGAGGCUUCCCUGGAGGAAGGGGCUCAGCCCACGCCAGAGGGGCAGGGGCAGAAGCAGAAAGCCUCCAACGGAGACACCCCCACGCACGAGGAGCAGAGCAAGAAGGAACGUCGCACCUCCGAGGGCCGGGGCCUGUCCCGCCUCUUCUCCUCCUUCCUCAGGAGGCCCAAGUCUCAGGUGUCCGAAGAGGAGAAAGACACUGAUGCUCCUAAAGAGGCAGGAGGUGACCAGAAAGGCGCAGGAUUAGGAGCCAGCCCUGAUGAAGACAUCCUGGUGAAAGCGCCCAUCGCAGCUCCUGAGCCCGAGCUCAAAACCGACCCUUCGCUGGACCUCCAUUCCCUGAGCAGUGCAGAGACACAGCCUGCACAGGAGGAGAGGAGGGACGAGCAGGAGCCAGAGGGCAAAGACCCUGAGGACAAGGAAGAAGGAGAAGCCAAGGAAGAGUGUGCCAAGCCGGAGCCUAAACCGGAGACUCCGGAGACCAAGGCAGACAAGGAUUUGAAAGCUGCCCAGAAAGCAGUGAAAAGACACAGAAACAUGUACUGCAAAGUGGUCUUGCUGGAUGACACCAUUUUUGAGUGUGCUGUGGAUAAACAUGCCAAGGGACAGGAGCUCCUUAAAAAAGUCUGUGACCACCUCAAUCUGCUGGAAGAAGACUACUUUGGUUUGGCCAUAUGGGACACACCAACCUCCAGGACGUGGCUGGAUCCUGCCAAAGAAAUAAAAAAGCAGGUUCAUGGAGGCCCCUGGGAUUUUACCUUCAAUGUCAAGUUUUAUCCUCCAGAUCCUGCCCAGCUGACAGAGGAUAUAACCAGGUAUUACCUGUGUCUUCAGCUCAGACAGGACAUCCUCUCAGGGCGGCUGCCCUGCUCCUUUGCAACCCUGGCCCUGCUGGGCUCCUACACGGUCCAGUCGGAGCUGGGGGACUAUGAUCCCGAUCUCCACGGCCCAGAUUACAUCACUGAGUUCAAACUGGCCCCAAACCAGACAAAAGAGCUCGAGGAGAAGGUUGUGGAGCUUCAUAAAACGUACAGAUCCAUGACUCCAGCCCAAGCAGACCUGGAAUUUCUUGAGAAUGCAAAAAAGCUGUCUAUGUAUGGAGUCGACCUUCACCAAGCCAAGGACUUGGAAGGAGUGGACAUCACUCUGGGAGUCUGUUCCAGUGGCCUUCUUGUUUACAAAGACAAACUGAGAAUCAACCGCUUCCCGUGGCCCAAAGUCCUGAAGAUUUCCUACAAGCGCAGCAGCUUCUUCAUAAAGAUUCGGCCGGGGGAGCAAGAACAGUAUGAAAGUACAAUUGGCUUCAAGCUUCCAAGUUACCGGGCAGCGAAGAAGCUGUGGAAAGUAUGUGUUGAACAUCACACCUUCUUCAGGCUGACUUCCACCGAGGCCAUCCCGAAGAGCAGGUUCCUGGCGCUGGGCUCCAAGUUCCGCUACAGCGGGCGGACGCAGGCGCAGACGCGGCAGGCGAGCGCCCUGAUCGACCGGCCCGCGCCCCAGUUCGAGCGCACGGCCAGCAAGCGAGCCUCCAGGAGCCUGGAUGGAGCUAAACGCGCGACUCACAAAGUUGAGUUCAGGACCGUAGAGGAAGAGAAGCAGAAGGAGGUGGUGGUGGUUGAGGUUCCUGAACCAAAACCUGCGGAUCAGAUCCGAGAGAAGCCAGCCAAACACACUCUUGAAACUUUUGAAAUGAAACCCAUUGCAGAGGAGGAAGAGGAGGAGGAGAAGGUAGAGGUGGUUAAGGUUCCUGUUGCCCAGCCAAAGUUCCCGGAGCCGGUGCCGCCGCGGUCAGCAGUGGCCGUGAUAACCCCGGAGCGGAGUCCCCGGCCCACCUCGGCCCCGGCCAUCGCUCAGAGCCACCCUGCAGAGCCAGCCCCGGCUAAGCCUGACGUGAAGGACGUGGCCACAUCUAAAACAGGGAAGGAAACAGCAAAAGCUGAUGUGAGACGGGAGGAAUUCCCACCGGAGAAAGCCAAAGCAGAGCCGGCUGAUGCAUCCAAGGUGAGGAAAACACACAUUGAGGUCACAGUCCCCACCACGAAGGGUGCCCAGCCCCAGCAGCAGCCUGCAGAAAAAGAGGAAGAGCUGAUAAGAAUGAGGAAGAAGAGAUCAAAGAGGCUAGAUGGUGAAAACAUUUAUAUCAGGCAUAGCAAUUUAAUGUUGGAGGAUCUAGACAAGCCCCAGGAGGAAAUCAAGAAGCACCACGCCAACAUCAGCGAGCUGAAGAAGAACUUCAUGGAGUCCGUCCCGGAGCCGCGGCCGAGCGAGUGGGACAAGCGCCUGUCCACCCACUCCCCCUUCCGGACCCUCAACGUCAACGGGCAGAUCCCCACGGGAGCGGACGGAGUCAAGAAAGUCACUGUCCUAUCUUCUGAGAGACAGUCUCCCAGCUACUUUCUCCCCAAUUCUCACCACUUAGGGGUGUGCAAAGAACCAGUCCCAAAAUACCGCACUGACCAGAGGAGGUUGGCUCAGCUGAGGGAGCUUAGAGCCAAGUUUUUCCUCUCCUAAGUACACUUGGAUUUGCCCAGGGCUGCCAAACUAAAGGGAUGGAGAGUUACUGCACAGCAACAUUCCCACAAUCUUUUCUUUCUUCAGCAGAAGUGCUGGAGCCUUUGCAUGGUCCUGUGUGCUGAUUUACUCAUUCCGGGUUUUUGUCGUUCUUCAGACUCCACAAACAAAAGUGCUGAAACAUGGAGCAAAAUUCCAGGAGCUUGCGGUGCUCCCACUGCCAUCCUGCCCGUUCCACACGUGGCAUUUCUGAGAACAACAAUUUUACACUCGCUCCAGUAGAAUUUUCAGACCAAUCAGUAAUUUUGAUACUCUGGUCAGAACUUUGGAAAAGCCUUUUGUAUCUGCUCCGCAGUCUGGCUGUUCCAUGGGAUUUGCCCAACGCUGAUUUUAAGGGUAGUUUAGGAAGCUGUCAGAGACCACUUUUUGUACUGCACCAUUCCCAUUCCUAAUGCCUCCAACUUUUUUGUCAACCAUUCCAGUUCCAAAACACUCCAGAGGAGGUGUUGAGCACCUGCUUUCCUGGCAGGGCAGGCACAAACCACCCACGACCCUGAUCCAGAUGUUGAUGAGCUCUGCGGGGAGGAUGUGGUUCUGUAGCUCCAAGGCUGGUGUGGCCCAGGCCACCAGCUGCUCUGCUCCCCAGGGCAGUUUAUUUUACACUGAGAAGAGCUGUCCUAAUGCUUUGCACACCUCCAAGUGUCACUUUUGGGCACUUUCCAUCUGUCAUUUUUGUUCAUCUCUCUCUGUCUUUCUUGAUCUCCUACCACGAAAGCAGAAACGGGAACGUCCUCUGUUAGUACAGGAUGAAGACAAACUAAAAAAGCAGCAGAUACCUACUGAGACAGCCUUGCCCCGGCCAGCAAGUGAAGAAACUCUUCCAAAGGUUUCUAUUGCAAUUCCUGAAGAGCAGAAAGCACUCAAAAAGUGUCAGCUGUACUCUAGCAUUUUUCCUUCUCCGCGCAUUCCCUUUAUGAUGUCCUUUCUCCUGGUCGUAGCGCUGACUGUUUGGUGGCUGCUCUUUCUCUGAGUGGCAACAGGGCCCUGUUGAAACCUCAAGACCAAAGCUCCUGAAUUUCUUGGCCGUGGCCUCUGCUGCAUCUUCCUUGUCCUGGUCUUUGAUCUCCGUAGUUCGCUGUCCCGGGGAGGGACACCCCGCGACCGUCCUGUUAAUCCCGCUGUGUGUCCUUGUGUGGCUGGGAGGGGACCUGGCAGGAGGUGGGCUGGGAUUGCCAGGUCCCUUCUGAAGUUUCCUACUGUGCAAAAGCAAAUCCUUUGAGCCCUGUUCCUGACUGCUGUGAGAGGGCAGACGGGGAGAGGAAAUGAUGGGAGGAGUCGCUGGCUUCCUGAGCCCCUGUAGGCUUCACGUAGGAAUUGCUGGAAAAAUUGCUUUAAAGCUUGUUGGUUUUAAUGUAAGAUGUUCAAAAGCUGGAGAACCUUUGAUACUGGUCCAAAAGAGGCUUUGUAGUAAUCUGCUGAAUUAUGGAAUCCUGGAACGGUUUGGGUUGGAAGGGACCUUAAAGCCCAUCUCAUUCCAACCCCCUGCCGUGGGCAGGGACACCUUCCACUUGCCCAGGUUGCUCCAAGUCUAACCUGGCCUUGGACACUUCCAGAGAUGGGGAGUCCACAACCUCUCUGGGCAACAAGAGGUUGAAUCUCUGGGAAGAAUAUCAGAAUCUAAUCCAUAACCACUCCUUUCCUGGGAAACUCAGAUUGGCAUUUCAGUACAAAGUGCUGGUUCUCGCUGCUGUUGGUGAUGACUCAGGGACAGCUUUUCUUUUCCCAGUGGGGGAAGCCUUUGGCAAAGCAUCCCAACUUCCCUCUCCACCCCUAUUCACGUGUCCAAGAAAAUACACAGUGCUACAGGAGAAAACCCAUUGCAAGGAGAAAUUUAUUGUCAACAUAGAUUAAUCAUUUUUUGGGAUCUGAUGGGCUCGGUGCGCUUGGGAUAUGUUGUGUUUAAUUUGUGUGGAACUGACGGACUCGUGUUUGCUGAGAUCCCAGGGCUGGAGUCCCCUGCUGCUUUAACAUCCCCUCUCUUGCCACGUUGGCUUGGCCACAUCAGGACACACUUCUGAAUGUUGAAGCCCUCGGUUGUUUUUGACUUCUUUACCCAAACCCUUUGCAUGCCGCUCGUUGUUUAUUGCCUACGGUGUAAAUGUCUGGAUGAUGCUCCCGUUUAUCCCGGCUCUCCUGGCUGGGCUGUGCAGGCUCCAGCCCGGCUGGGCUGAGCAGAGCUGCUUUGUGAGCUGGAGGGAAGGUGGGACUUUGUGUCUGAGGGGUUUCUUUUCUGUAAAUAGUAAAGAUGGGGCUGAGCUGAGCCCCCCAUGUCUCCUUUCAGCACUAAUCCGUGUUUUCCUGCAGCUGCUGGAGGAUUGGGCUGGACACAGUUACUCUGGGAACAGCCCCCAGUGCCACCAGUGGUGGCAGCUGCUCCAGCAGCACGGGAGAGAAAGGAGCAGACCUUUAUUACAGGGACUAAAAUGUGUGAAUAUAUAUAAAUACAUGUAUUUAUAACCCUUUCUAGAUCUGUAUCCGUGUGAACAGUGUUAUUUAGGAAGCAGAUAAGCUUGCAGGAAUAAGGCAAACAUGGCAUGUGCUGUCUGGUCAGAGGGUCCGUGGUGUGUCACGGACCACUCAAGCCACCUCUUGCUUUCAGUGUACAGGUUGAGGCUCUAAAUGCUGUCUCAGAAACUUAGGUUGGUAGUGAAACCCUUUGUUUUAAUCCCACGGGAAUCUUUCCAGUUCCUCCUGUACCCUGCUCUGAUUAGUUCACCGGUUUGUGCCUUUAGGACUUUGUUUUGUGAGGAUGCUGAUUUUUCAUUGGAAAAGAUUCUUCCCUUUUUAAUACACUGCCUUUAAUACACAGUCUUCCUCCUUCAGUGCUUGGAAGUGUAGGAGUCAGAGGGUUGUUGUCCAGGUGUCCAGGUGAAGGAGAGAGUCAGCAGGCUGUGUCCCUGCAUCCUUGGAGCAUCCCUUGGAAUGCACCUGAACUCCAGGGAGUUUGGGGUUUAGGAGUUUAGGAAGACAAAGGUGGGCCCUGGAGAGCAGAGGUGGGAAGAGAUGUUGAGGUGCCACGUGCAGAAGAUGCAGGAUGGGAGAAGCCAGGGGGAUGCUUCUGGCUGGGAUUCCCUGCCUGCAUCUCCUUCCCAAAAUUGGAACAGACACGAUGAAAAACAGGGACUGCUUGAUCUCCCCAGCCUGGCUGGGGAGGGAAGGGAGGGAGUUGUGUGGGUGUCUCUCUGUCCAUUUUCUGUCCAUAUUUCCUGGAGAAGAGCAGCUUAAACACAGCAGGUGCUCCCUUCCCAAAGCCAUUGCUCGGGAUCACUGUUGGAAUGCACUGCUGAGGUUCCUGUGCGUGUCCUUUCGGUCCCAUGACAAGGACUUGGAAGCCACAUGGGUGGCUUUGGCAAAGCCUUGGUUUCUGCAGCUCUGUCACCUAAUUCCAAAGGACCUGAACUCUAAAACUCUUUGCCCAGAGCAAUAUUUGACCAGAGUGCUCAGGGUGUCUCAUCCCAGAGGGAUGAGAGGGUGCGCUCUGCCACUUCAGCUCAGUUCUGUAAUUCUUCACUUCAUACAGUCUCUUUCUCUCUUGUUUUUAAUCUUCAGAUAAGGCUGGUUGUCUUCAGCAAAAAACCUUGGAAACUUUACACUCUGAGAACACUCAGGAACAUUUUUGGGAUUUGUAUACCAAUUAUCACUGCAGAGUAUAAAGAAACUGAACAAAUGCUUUCUGUUUCUCUGGCAGUUUAGAGGCCAGUUAUCCAUAUUCCUCCAGGUGGAUAUGACCCCUCCUUUCCCUGGCCCUCCUCUGCUUUUUUUCCUGUUUGCUUGGAAGGCAAAGGGAGUGACAGUCCAUGGCAUUCUGUGUAAGGUCUCGUUCCUGCACGUUCUCUCUCCCCUUUGUGCACAUUCCGUGUCUCCUACACCUUGGUGCUGUGGUUUCACCCUUUCCCCUUGAUGCCCUUGCAGGAUGCAGUGCUGGCAGGAGGGAUUUUGGGAUGCCUGCUGUCACCCCUGAGCACAGGGAGAGCUCACUGGCUCUAGUGCUGUUUGAGAGCAGAGGUCUCAGGGGUUUUGUAAAGGAACCAACUCUGUGCUUCGCUCCCUGUUUUCCUCAGGAACAAACUUGCUGGGAACACCAACCUGCCCUGACACUGGCACCCAUUAACAGGGAUUCACACCCCCUGUGCAAUGCCAGGCUGUGAGGGAUGGAGAACUGAGUUGCCCCUUCCUGGAUCCUUCCAGGAUCCUGGAAUUGUCUUGCAGCACGUAACCUCAUCCCGGCUGGCGUGAGAAAUCCUGAUUUUAAAAUGUGGCCUGCUGCAGAAAAUGGCAUUUUGGUGACUCUGGCACACCAGGAUAAGUCUGGCAGCAGUUUUGAUGUUAAUUAGGCUUUCCCAGUGUUUUGGGGUGUGGUCACUCUGCUCUUUGGUGCUUGUGUUUGGGAUCCCCUUAGGAGCUCUCAGGGCUCCAGCCUUUUCCAUCAUGACGUUAGUGGUUGGCUCCACUCUCACUUUCUGACUCUUCUUACCCUGAUUCCAUCUCUUCUGAACACCACCUAGAACAUACAUGAAUCUCUUGUGCUUUCCUGCUUUAGGAAAAGGUGGACAUCAGUAAUUUUAAGCAGCAAAAUGCUGCUGGUGGCUUUGGAACUCGGAUUCAGCUCCGAGGCUGUGCUGGGUGUCGGGCUCUGCUUGUGGUGAUACUCGAGGUGUUCACUGCUGCAAAACAGCAUCCCUUUUGCCUUUCCCACUAUUAAAAGUGAGCAGAUCAAUGAGAGUGUUGGCUGCAUCUCCUGCCUCCUGCUGCCUCUCUUGGGGAGUCAGUAGAAGGUGAGCUGAGGACUCUCCAUGGGCAGGUCAGGGCACGGAGUUCAGCCAAGACCAGCUCCCCUCCCUUGCAGUUUGUGCAGUGAUGACCCCAAAGAGUAGGUAUUCCCUGUUUUCCCUCCUGAAAGAACAAGGAGAGGUGGAUUUCCUCAACGUGGCACCAAGGGAGCAGUUUGUGUUUGGAGGAAGGAGGCUGGGCUGGCCUUGCUGUGUCUGUACCAUGGGGCUCCUGGGAAGGUUAUCAGAAAAUCAUGGAAAAUCCUGAGUUGGAAGGGACCCAUAAGGAACAUAGAGUCCAGCUCCUGAUGGUUGUGGGCACAGUGUCUUUCACUUCACGUCACUGUCAGUAAUUUGUCACUUUGAGAAUUAUUCCACUGGUUUAUUGGUUUUCUUUUGUCUGGUCGUGAGUUGAUGGUGGCUGUUCUGAACUACAGAAUGGGGGAGGAAGCUUUCUGGGCAAAUUCAACCCCAAAAAAGGAUUAUGGAUUCAUGCAGGAACUCUCUGGUCUGUACUUAGUAGUGGGUGACACUGGAGAACCUGUCAGUGGUGGUUCCUCUUGUGUCCCUGUUUGCAUCUGUCGUGGUUUGUGAGGCUGGAGGGAAGGACUGGCCUUGGUUUGAGCUCUGCUAUCAGUGGUACAUGGUGGUGUUGGAUCAGUUUGUGGGGACUAAAAACACUUUCUUUUUUACCUAAAAUGCUCUCUUUUGGAACACUUUUUCGGUUUUGUAUUUUUUCUCAGAUUUCUCUUUGUAAAUAUGUACAUUUAUCAUUAAUAAAUGUUAUUGCAAAUCA